GUUUAGAGGUAACUCAACCGCGCGUUAGACCCCGUGCGAAAAGUCUUUGAAGUUUCGUUAGUUCUUGCCUCGUUGAAAACCAAUGAAACUUACCUACAAUGCAAAUACCAAAACCAAAACCAAAAUUUUAAUAUUCUUUCAAUCUUCUGGGAUCUUUUCUCACCAACAAUUCUUUGGAAAUCCCGCCAUUGUGUUUUUUAUUCAAUUUAUAUGUAACCAUUGACGAUCACAAUCACUUUCUUACCCCCUCAUGUGUCCUUCUUCCAUCACCAUUACCAACCAUGAACGCCGCAGCCGCAGCCGCAGCCACCACCACUACGGCCCUUCUCAGCUCUCCUUAUAAACGUUCUACCAAAGCUAACGGCCAAACCAACAACGUUGACGUCGUCGCUGCUGAUAACAAAAUGGGUGUUCGUGGAAAUGGUGGUGGUAAUCAUAAUGUUUUCAAUGGGGGCGUUUAUUAUGGGAAAGCGUCGUUCCUCAAGUGGACUUUAGAUGACGUCAUGUACGUGGCUAGAUAUCAUUGGAUACCGUGUGUUUUUGCUGCCGGGUUGUUGUUUUUCAUGUACGUGGAGUACACGCUCCGGAUGGUGCCGGAUUCUUCGCCGCCGUUUGAUUUGGGGUUCGUCGUCACCCGCUCAUUCCAUGGCGCGUUGUCUUCGUGGCCGGAACUUAAUACGUUAUUAGCUGCUCUUAACACGGUGUUUGUAGGGAUGCAGACAUUUUAUAUACUAUGGACAUGGCUAAUCGAGGGUCGGCCUAGGGCUACAAUAUCCGCUUUGUUCAUGUUUACUUGUCGUGGGAUUCUUGGUUACUCCACGCAGCUCCCAUUACCCCAGGAAUUUGUAGGUUCAGGAGUGGAUUUUCCGGUAGGGAAUGUAUCGUUCUUCCUGUUCUUCUCGGGCCAUGUUGCUGGAUCUGUGAUUGCAUCGUUAGACAUGAGGCGAAUGCGUAGAUGGGAAUUGGCAUGGUUAUUUGAUACAUUGAAUGUGCUUCAAGCUGUGAGGUUGCUAGGUACCAGGGGUCACUACACCAUUGAUUUGGCUGUUGGUGUUGGUGCUGGAAUCCUAUUCGAUUCCCUUGCUGGAAAGUACGAAGACAGCAAGAGAAAAUGUGCACUUGUUUCUGGUACCAUGAAAGAGGGGUUGUUAAGCUAAGAAGAAUUGCUCAAAUGGCAAUGUUCAAAUUUGAAGAAGGCAAUGUAAAUUGUUGCUCAAAGGGGUAAAAGAAAAAUUGGAAUGGCAGUUUAGAAAACAAGUUAAAAUGGGGUGUCAAUGUUCUAAUCCUUGUGUUUUUUAAUGUGGCCUCUGUUUUCUUUGGGUGCUAACAUUGCUUGCUUGCAGUCAUUUCACAUUUGUCAAAAUGCCUUUUGUAUAGGAUAAGCACGUUAAAGGUAUAGCCUAGGAUUGUGUUUUGUUCUACUUUCUUUGUCCUGUUCUGGAAGUUGAAUUCACGAAAGAACUUUACCUAA